AAACAGUCAGGUAUUUUAUGGGCAAUGUUGUAAUUUACACAAAGCCCCAACCAAAAGAGCAAACAGGCAAAGCACGGGCAGGCGAUUAGGCGCGCAGCGAAGAGAUCGAGAUCGACCUUUGCGAAAGUGGAAGAAGACAAUAAGAGUGCAGGGGGAGCGUGCAGUAAUCGAAGAAGAGAAGAUGACGAUGAUCUGGUUGGAGGCGAUGCUUCCUCUGGGAAUCAUCGCAGGAAUGCUGUGCGUGAUGGGAAAUGCUCAGUAUUACAUCCACAAGGCCGCUCAUGGCCGGCCGAAGCAUAUCGGAAGCGACAUGUGGGACGUGGCCAUGGAAAGAAGAGACAAGAAGAUCAUGGAGAUUCUCACCGCUGAUGCUUCUCAAAAUUAGUCUUAUCUAGCGAUGCUUUUCAAAUGGGCUUGUGGAGGAAUGAAGUGCUCAUCCAAUAUUUUAGGCUGUUGAAGAUAAGCUCAAGGGUGCAUCUGAUCUUGUUUUGUUUUCUUGAGUGUAAUUUGCAUAAGCUUUUGAACCAGUUAUUAAUUAGUUCUAAAAACUGUAUUAAAAGCUUGUACUGUGAAUGAACCCAUCCUUGUUAUUUUUCUGAACUUUCUUACUGCCUGGUGGUGGAAAUUCCUGUAUAACAUUGCUUGUAUCUGUUGUGCCUGAAGUCCGUAACGACUCCUUUCAUUUCUCCGAACUUAUAAAUAUUAAUAAUCACUCUACCCUCUUACCUAUUCA